ACUCGUGAAUGUGUGCUCGGUUUUUAAGUUUAAUAAUAAUAUUAAUGGUUAAACUCUGCCCGUUGUCACCUGAAUAUCUUCUCACAAUUUAACAGGAGUGGAGAUAACGACUUGGUAACAUAACAGGUCGUUCUUUAAGAAAAAAGGAAUAUAUGAAAAAUUAUAUUAAGACAUGGAUAAAAGUUUACAACAAUCUUCUUCAAGCUGUGAUGGUAGCAUUAGAGACGAAGAGAAAUCGUCUGGCAAUGAUAAAUCUACUUUCGAUUUCAGUGAACGAACAUGGAAAGAAGAUUUCGCUCUGAUUGUCGAAGGCGAGAAGCUGUUUGUGUCAAAGGUUGUUUUGGCACUUCUGUCGCCGGUAUUCAAUCGGAUGAUUCAGUCAGACUUUAGAGAAAAAGAUCAAACAGAAUUGAAUCUUCCUGGAAAAAAGGUGCGAGAGAUGCGAGAUUUUCUGAGAUCAAUUUAUCCCGGUAUGAGCGGAUGUAUAUCUGAUGAGAACGUUUACAAAUUAAUACCUCUGGCCGAGGAAUAUCAGGUGACUACUCUGACAGCCAAAUGCGAGAGAUUCCUUAUAAGUAGAAUUAACAAAGAACUUACAGCAGACGACACGAAAAUGAUGUUGCAGACAGCUGCGAUUUAUAAUAUGGAAGAUUUAUUAGUCAAGUUGUGUGAGGAGUUUCCAGAACAGUCUGCCAGAGCUGUUAUUUCAGCAAAUAUUCUCAUACCUUCGUAAAUCUUUCCGAAGAUCCUGGAUAAAUUGAUGGGGCGUCUAGAACACGUCAGAGAACAGAAGACAUGGUAUAAGGGUAUGUACAAUUACCUUAUAUCUGGUUAUUCCCAAUCACAGCAACAAAAACUCGAGAUAUAUCAAGACUGGCAAUGCAAACCCCUACAUCUUAAAUUGAAUGUUGAUGAUUUAAGGAAACCUGACAUGCCACAAACAACGAAAUUCAAGCUUUUGGACUUUGAGGAAAACUGUACGGUUUCUGUGUAUAGCACACGUUAUGCAAAUCAAUUAUAUGUUGACAUUUCGUUUGAUAUUAACAAAUGGAAAACAUCAAAAGUUACAGUCCAUGGGCGAUUUGUUAUAAGAAACAUCACUUAUGAAAAUGAAAACUUAAAGUCUACAUUCGAGAUGGAAUUUGGACCAACCAAACGCAAGCAAACGGCGACGCUGACGACAAAUACAUCCAAUCUGUUUACGAAAACAGCCGGAUAUUUGCAGUACAAUUCUUUGGACGCAGAAGUUCAUCUUAUAGUCAAAGUAAGCCAACACAAGAGGUAGAAUAGCGUAGAAUAGUGUACAUCGUAAAGCUUUCUAUGAUUUGAAGAAAAUCGGAUAAUUUAACGUAUCAAUAGUAUGGCAUGUCAUUGCAUUACAUAGUUACGUAAUAUUUGAAAUAAAGCCAUGAAAAACUAUUUAAAAACAAUUGUUAUGUACACGAGAGAAUUCUAUACUUAGUGAAAAAAAGUUACAGGAGUUGAAAUUUGUUUACUAAAUAUGCUAACUCUUACAUUUCAUUAAUGUAUGAGACAGUUUUGGAAACAGAAAUAUCUUAGAGUUUUUUUUAAAGCUUUGAAUGACUGUUUUGACAGUUGGUGAUACUAUUUUCGUCACUGAACUUACCAUUUGAUGUCAACAAAUAAUAUGUUAACUAAGAUCGUGACUUAGAUGAAGUGGAAACAAACAAAACUGCAUCAAAUUUUGGAUUAUGUACAUUUCACUGGAGAGGAACUUUUACACGAGGGAUGGAGUUCUUAUGAUAGAUAACUAGUCAGGAGUUCGUUCUUGUGAUAACUGUUACGGAGUUCGUCGGAAAACCUUUUUUAUAAACUAAAGAAACACUCGUCAAAAAUGGUAAUUUUAAUCUUUAAAAAAAGAGUUUGAGGUGCUUAAUUAAACAUUGAUGACUAAGUUUGCCUUACAUUUUGUAUUAUGGUCCAAAUAUAAUUUAUAGUCCAUUUUUUUUACUCCGUAACAGUUAUCACAAGAACUUCUGACAAGUUAUCAAAAGAACUCCAUCAUUCGUGUAACAGUUCCUCGCCCGUGCAUUUGUGGUGAAUUAUAAACAGUGUCAAUAUUAUAAUGCAUCUAUAUAAGUAUUAUAUCAGUAUUAUAAAGAGUUGUUUCGAAACAUAUAAUUUGCAAAUAUGGUCAACUAUUCAGAUACAUGUAGCCUUAAAAUGUAAUAACAUUUUCAAAUAUUGUAAUGUCGAAAGUUAAUAACUGUUUAACUGUCAUGUACUCAUGAUAAUAUGACUUCUUUUGAAAAGGAAGAAAAAAUAUAAAAAGAUAAAAGUUUCAAAUUUUAUUCGCACAAUCUCAGUUUGUGCACAUAAAGAUUCAAAUUGCAUAUAGUCAUACUCAUAGCUGAAUUUUAAACAAAGAUAUGAUAAACAUACAUAUAUAACCAAUUAUAUUCUACAUGCAAGUCAAGUAAAUCCAUAAAUAAGGUACAUGUAUAUAUCUUUAUGCCUUUACAUUUAUGUUGUGAUCGUAUGUUUGUUAUAUUUUGUGACAGUACACUGUUGUAUGGCGUGAAAUACAACUGUUGUAUGGUAUGAAAGUAGAGCUGUUGUAUGAUGUGACAGAACAACUGGUGUAUGGUGUGACAGUAAAUCUGUUGCAUGGUGUGACAGUAGGGCUAUUGUAUGGUGAGACAGUAGAGCCGUUGCAUGGCGUCACAGUACAGCUGUUUAUAAAUAGAUUGUUUACAUGAUCAAAUUUUGUACGAAAUGUGUCAAAGACCAUUGAGACCAAAAAUAAAUAAUGUUUUAUAUUGAUGCAUCUCGAGGUUUAUAUCCAAAGAUGAUUCAACAGACCGGAUCUUCAUAAUUGUUUUUCUUUUUUCUUUUCAUAAAAACAUUGUUUAUUUGAAAAACACAGUAUAAAUAAAAUAAAACAUACCGUAAAACUUCGGUAAGUCUUCUUCUAAGAUGUUAUCUACUUAACAAAUCACUCAACACCAGAGGUCUUACGUCUCAGAGUUGACAAAGAUAAGUCAUUUUCAGGGUCGUCCUCAGCCAUUUGAAUCGGAAAUUUGGAGACCGCUGGAAUCCAGCAUGUCGGAAGCUGUUAGCAAGUCUGAGGACUGACAGCAUGCCAAGCUGUUUUGAACACGUACAAAGCAUCUCAAAUUGUGAUGUUUGUUUCCCCGUCUGUUUCAACUGCUCGAAGCUGUCAUUAAAUAACUUGCUUUCUUUA